AAGAGUAGUGACAAAUGCUGGAUUUCCGGGGGAAACCUGGCAUUCGCCAGCAACUGAAUGCGCCGUCGCCCUUUCAAAAAAAUUAUCCAUGGACAAAGAGCACGCUCGCCUUAUCCCUUGGCAUCACUACGUGUGUUUAGCUCGGGAUUGUAAGAGUGUGGGGGGGGGAGGAAGUAGACCCGGAAGUGCUCAUAGGGACAGUGCUGCAUUCAGCUCUAGAAUUUCGUCUCUCGGAAAGUUAGCUCGACGGAAGUGUCAGGGAGAAACGCUUUUCGGAACAGGAAGUGACGGAAGCACGCCGGAAGCUGGGUGUUGGCUUUCAUUGAAACCGGGAGGAAGGAGGGUUUUGGGUCGCGGGAGUCGUGCAGUUAUGUCACCUCAGUUACGCAGGGGGCAGAAUGGUUUCCUUUCGUGUCUUCCGCCAGCCCUCGAGCCAGAGACGGCCAGUCGUUUUUGAAGAGCCUGAUCUGCUUCUUAGUCGGGGCUGCGAUGCACAGCCGUCCUGAGCCACCAUCUCAGCCCUUCCCAGCCGCAAUGUGAGGAUAAGACUUGCAUUGGCAUCUGCAAGGACAAGUUGUUUAAGUGUUAAAAAAAAACCCCAUUUAAAAUACUGCACAAAAUCUCUGCGACCCGAUCACAGCUUCGCCCAAACUUCCCAUUUCUCAGUUGCUUCCGACCCUCGAGUGACUGAGACGGAGGGGAGGGAGUAUUGAAAAAUAACCAGGAAGUUUCGUCUCUAUAAACAGUUUGAUUGUGACGCUAGAAUUGCCUCCUUGGUUCCACUCACAGCCUACCUUAAAAGGACAUCUUGUAAAAAAUAUUUCCAUUUCUUUAUGGCGGAGGGAAGGCAGCAAGCAAGGAGGAGGGGCAAAUGGAUCAGGAAAUGAAAUGACGCUCAGAGAGUAGAUUAAUUUUCUUUCACUGCUUUGCCUCAGAAGAGGACUUGGUUUCCCCGGUCUGCUUCUUUAAAGGGAGGACAUAUGGGCAGUUAUGGAUGACGAUAAUAAUUGUAGCUGUACACAAGGAGCCACAACUUCUGAGGCACUCUUCUCCUUUGGAGUCAUAGCAGAUAUUCAGUAUGCUGAUCGAGAAGAUGGCUAUGAUUUCUGCGGACUGAACAGGCGAUAUUAUAAGCAUAGCCUAUGUCACCUCCAGAGUGCAAUCGAAGACUGGAAUAGAACAGAUGUUCAGUUCGUAUUACAAUUUGGGGACAUCAUUGAUGGCUGCAAUGCUGAACUUAAGAUGUCAGAGACAGCACUGGGAAGAGUCUUGGAAGAAUUUAAGAAGCUCAAGGCCCCAGUCCAUCAUAUAUGGGGCAACCAUGAAUUUUACAACUUCAGCAGAGACUAUCUAGUAGAUUCUGCACUGAACACCAAGUACUUACAAGAACAGACUUUUCUUAGCAAUUCUUAUAGAGACCAGAGUUCCACUGGAGACGAUGCUUCAGAAUUCUAUUAUGCAUAUCAAUUUUGCCCGAUGUCUAAAUUUCGAUUUGUCAUCCUUGAUGCUUAUGAUAUAAGUAUUCUGGGGAGGGACACAUCUACCAAAAAAUAUCAAGAUUCUCUAAAACUACUGCGAGAAAAAAAUCAAAAUGAGAAUCUGAAUAGUCCAUCAGGUCUUGUUGAACGUCAGUUUGUGCAGUUCAAUGGAGGAUUCAGUCAAGAACAGCUGGAUUGGCUUGAUGAAGUCCUUACAUAUGCUGACAAAAAUCAAGAAAGAGUUGUAAUUAUGGCCCUGAAGUACGUUUGAGCUGUUUUCUCAAAAAAGAAAUACAGGAUAGUUGGAAAAUGUGGACUAGUUACUCCUGUUUCUCCCAGUUCCACAUCUCUACAAGGAUGUCUAAAUGGUGAGAUACAGUAUAAGUAUUAUUCAAAGUAUAAUGUACUCUUUGUGUGUGCAUCAAAGUGAGGAACACACAUAUAUAUAUUGCUUUAUUUUAGAUACAUUUAUUAUAGUUAAAUUUAUUCAGUUUCAGUUUGUGCAAGUAACGCUUUCCUAAGUAUUCAUAAUGUGUCACAUGUAUUAUUUUAGUACCUUUACAACUACCCCGUAAAGAAGAGCUAGUUAACCUUGUGAACUUCCAGAAGGUGUUGGACCACAAUUCCCUAUCUGCCAAAGACAGCACAUCCAAUGGUCCUUUUAGUCCAGUAACACGUUGGGGGGGGGCACAGGUUAAUUAUAAAGUAUCUCGGUUUUAUUACUUCCAUAUUAGAUUGGUGCUCAAACAUAAGAAAUUGUAAUUUUCUACCUGCUACUCAGUGAUCUCAUCAUGAUUGGUCUACCAUGUGAAUCAAGGACCUUCGGCUCAUAACAUCUGUUCGUAACAAUUUUGCUUAAAAAUGACUUCAGGUGCCUGUCUAAUUGUGAACAUUGCAGAGAAUACUAUAUAGCCAUUUUCAACAGAAGCUGCCAGAUUCUGCAGAACUCCGCAGCUUUAGCAUUUGGAGAGCCGUGUUAACAACUGUGAAAUUUCAUCUGUUUUGACUGCCUCUCUUCCUCCG